ACCGAAAAGCUGCAUCAUUCGACGGACGAAUCCGUUUUGCGCUUAUAACUUUGCGAUUGACGUCUACACCAUUGUUCGAGGGUCGAGAGUUGCGAUAGAGUAAACAAAGAGUAAACAAUGGCGAAGAGUCGAACGAAGAAGCGCACCCAUGUGGGCGCCAACAACCCCAAACACAAGGCCCCUCUUGUAGGCCGUUCGGCAGUACAAGAUCCAAAGAGCAUGGUCAUUCGCAUAGGUGCCGGCGAAGUCGGAUCUAGUAUUAGUCAAUUAGCCAAAGAUGUUCGUCAGGUUAUGGAACCUGGCACUGCUAGUCGUCUAAAAGAGCGUCGCGCGAAUCGUCUAAGAGACUAUGUUACCAUGACCGGUCCUCUCGGCGUCACCCAUCUCCUUCUAUUCUCACGAUCCGAAUCUGGUAAUACGAAUCUACGCAUAGCCACCACACCGCGUGGCCCUACGCUACACUUCCGUGUAGAGAAAUAUUCCCUAUGCAAAGAUGUGCGCAAAGCGCAAAGACAUCCCAAGGGCGGCGGGAAGGAGUAUAUUACACCACCCUUGCUCAUAAUGAACAACAUCUCCACACCAGGCGCGGACGCCAACUCCAAAGUACCUAAACACCUCGAAACGCUCACGACCACCGUAUUCCAAUCGCUAUUCCCUCGCAUAAACCCACAAACCACGCCACUUAAAUCCAUACGAAGAGUCCUUCUUCUAAAUAGGGAGCCAGCCACCGAUAAGGACGACGGUUCUUUCGUACUUAACUUCAGACAUUACGCAAUUUCUACAAAACCUGCCGGAGUGUCUAAGCCGUUACGUAGACUAGAUGCUGCGGAGAAACUUUUUGGCACAAAGAAUAGAAAGGGUGGCGUUCCGAAUCUUGGAAAGCUAGAAGAUAUCUCCGAAUACAUGAUAGGCGGCGAAAAUGGCGAGGGCUACAUGACAGACGGCACCAGUGGGAGUGAAAUGGACACAGACGCCGAAGUUGAGGUCCUUGAGGAUGCGCCGCGGAGAGUGCUCUCCAGCAAAGCCCGCGCAGCCAAGCGUGAGGAAGAGGAUAGAGCUACCGAGACCGACGAAAGGGUGGAGCGGCGACGGGUCACCCUCGUCGAACUUGGACCUCGUAUGAAAUUGCGCAUGACCAAGGUUGAGGAGGGGCUAUGUUCCGGUAAGACGAUGUGGCACGAGCAUAUCCACAAAUCAAGACAAGAAAUACAAGAUCUCGAAAAGCGAUGGGAAGAGCGCAGACAAGAAAAGGAGGCGAGAAGGAAACAACAAAAAGCAAACGUGGAGAAGAAAAAACAAGAACGAGCUGCGAAUGGUACUAGGAGCAAAAAGGACGGAGAAGAAGGUGAGGGAGAAGAUGACGAUGAUAUUGAUAUGGAUGGCAAUAAUAGCGAUCUAUUUGAUGAGAUGAUGGAGGACGACGAUGAUGAGAUGGAUAGCGAGGGACUUGCGGGUGAUGCUGAAGAAGCGCUUGGUGAAUUGAUGGAUGAGGAUGAAUGGGAAGACGAGAGGGAUGAAAUCGCGGGUUCAAAAUAAGAUUCCUAGGCCUAUAAUAGGGAUUCAGGUAGACAUACGUAUGGCGUUUGGCGUGUCGCAUUUGCCCAAUAUAAUGAUGUCUAUCAAAGAUUACAUUACUUAGGAAUACUUGAUGCAUAUUUAACGCAUGGAAAUUUCAUUGCGAAAUAAGUAUGUUAUAUCUCG